AUGGCUUCAUUGUCGUUGACAAAAAUCUUAAUCUUGUUCUUGUUUACUUUGCUGUUUUCGAUAUCAAAUGCCGACUCUUCUCCACCAUACAAACUCGUUGACAAAGUCUGUAGCAAACUACAGGACGUUGACUUCUGCUGGCAGAUCCUACAAUGUGAUAUUAGGAGUAAGUUUGCAGAAAAUAUAACCAUCCUUUCAACCAUCGCAUUCGAUGUGACAAUAAAACAAGUAAACUCUUCACGAGAUCUACUCCGUGGAUUGAAAACCGGCUCUCCUGGUGUGUUGAAAUCUCUGAAAGAUUGCAUCCAUGCGUAUAGUCAUGUGAUGUCAAAUUUGAAGCUUAGUAAGUCAAAAGAAGAUUGUUCUUUUAUUAGUUACCACAUUCAAGCUGCAGUGGAGGAGAUUAAACGCUGCCAAAGGAUCGUGGAUUCAAAUGGGGCUCAUGGCUCUUUUAUUACAAAUGACAAUGAUGUCAACGAGGAAGCGUGUUGGCUUUGUGAAUCAUUAGCCAACCUUAUGUGUAAGAGUUAA